AUGGCUCAAAGUAAAAGUAAUCCUCCCCAAGUGCCUUCUGGCUGGAAGGCAGUGUUUGAUGAUGAAUAUCAAACUUGGUUUUAUGUAGACUUGUCUACGAACAGCUCUCAAUGGGAACCACCAAAGGGAACAACAUGGCCAAGACCCAAAGGACCUCCACCAGGGGCUAGCAAUGAGAAAAGUUCUCGUCAACAGACUGAUCAAGCUCCUCCACCUUAUUCAUCUCAAUCAACUCCCCAAUCGCAACCACGAGCCCAAGCACAACAACCUCGCUAUUAUCAGCCACAACAGCCUCAGUAUCCUCAAUACCCUCAACAGCAGCGCUACUAUCCGCAACAAGCUCCCAUGCCGGCAGCAGUACCACAACAAGCGUACUAUGGAACUGCUCCCAACGCCAGUAAGAGUGGCGGACAUGGUGGAGCCAUGAUGGGUGGUUUACUUGGUGUAGGUGCAGGUUUGUUAGGUGGAGCCAUGCUGGAACACGCAUUUGACGACCACGAUUAUGACCAACCAGAUACUGUUAUUGUCGAAAACAAUUAUUACGGUGAUGACAACGGUGGAUUCGACGGUGGAUUCGACGGUGGGUUCGAUGGUGGUGAUUUUUAA